AUGCUCUUGAAAUUGGAAAAUGCUAUGGAUCAACUUGACCUUAUUGAUAUCUUGCAAAGAUUUGGAGUGGAUCAUCAUUUUGGCCUUGAAAUAAGAAACAUCAUAGAAAAAAUCUACAAGAAUAAGGACCAAUUAAAGAGGAACAAUAAUUUAUAUGCCAUGGCUCGUGACUUUAGAAUCUUGAGACAACAUGGCUAUGAUGUGUCACCCGAGGUAUUUAAAGGAUUUCUUGAUGAUAAAGGCAACUUUCAUUCUAGCCUUUCGGUUGAUAGGAAGGGGAUGCUUUCAUUGCAUGAAGCUUUAUUUCUUUCAACUGAAGGUGACAUGAUCCUGGAUGAAGCUAGAGAUUUUUCCUCAGCUCAUCUCAAAGAGUGGUGGGAAAGAAUUGGAUUUGGAGAAAAGUCGAGCUUUUCAAGGGACAGAAUAGUGGAAAACUUCAUGUGGACAGUGUUAUUUGCUGAGGAACCACAGUUUGGAUAUUAUAGAACAGUUGCUACACAGGUUAAUGCAUUGAUAACUACAAUCGAUGAUGUUUAUGAUGUCCAUGGAGAACUAGAAGAGUUAGAAAUAUUCACACAAGUCGUUGACAGAUGGGAUAUAAAUGCCAUUGAUUCUCUUCCAGAGCACAUGAAAAUACGCUUUCUUGCAAUUUAUAAUUUUGUCAACGAAGUGGCUUUUGACAUCCUCAAAGGGAAUGGACACAACAUCAUUCGACACCUUAAGAAAUGGGCUGAUCUUUGUAAAUCAUAUUUGGUUGAGGCAAAAUGGUACUGUGGUGGCUAUCAACCAAGCUUGAAUGAGUACUUAGAAAAUGCGAGGAUUUCAAUUGGUGCACCUAUCAUAGUUGUUCAUGCUUUUGUUGUUCUUUCUAAUUCAAUCGUGUUAGACUCAGUGGGCUUAGGAGACUAUUAUGACCUUAUUCAUUCAUUAUCAAUCAUUUUACGCCUUGCCAAUGACCUGAGAACAUCUAAGCGUGAAAAGGAAACGGUGAUGUACCUAAAUCAGUUGAGUGGUACAUGA